CAAGUGCUUUCUCACCACGCAAAGCAUAUACACUUUUUUUUCUUGUUGAAAAAAAUGGUUGCUGCCAACUUCUCCACCUAUAAAUAGAAAUAUUUUGAGUUUAGUUUUAGAAAUCUCCCUCUCUCAUCCUUAGAUUACAUUACACGUCUCUUAUUUUUUUUAUUCAAUUCUAUACUUUCCUUCACAUUACUACAUUGUUAGGACUAACUCAGCUUGCUGCUCCAUCAUCCUUAAUAUUCUAUUACAGCUACAAGAAGAUUGUGUUGGCGUUGAUAGGAUGCAAGCAUCCACAUCGGAGAGCCAUGAAAAUGGUGCAGAAGGAUACGGGAGCAAAGAGAAAACGGAGGAGCACGCUGUCCCGUUUCACAAGCUGUUUGCCUUUGCUGAUUCCUUCGACAAACUGCUCAUGAUUGUCGGUUCCAUUGGCGCCAUUGGCAACGGGGUUUCCAUGCCUCUCAUGACAGUCCUCUUUGGGGAGCUUGUCGAUUCCUUCGGCCAAAACCAGACCAACAACGUUGUUUCUGUUGUUUCUAAGGUAGCAUUGAAGUUUGUGUAUUUGGCUUUGGGGUGUGGCGCUGCGGCGUUUCUGCAGGUGAGUGGUUGGAUGAUCACUGGGGAAAGGCAAGCAGCAAGAAUUAGGAGUUUGUAUCUGAAAACAAUCUUGAGGCAGGAUGUUGCUUUCUUCGAUAAGGAAACCAACACCGGGGAAGUUGUGGGGCGAAUGUCUGGCGACACAGUUCUCAUUCAAGAUGCCAUGGGGGAGAAGGUUGGGAAAUUCAUACAGCUGGUGGCUACAUUUGUUGGUGGCUUUGUGAUUGCAUUCAUAAAAGGAUGGCUUCUCACUUUGGUCAUGCUGUCAUCCAUUCCCUUGCUUGUGAUCUCCGGUGGUGUCAUGUCCGUUGUCUUGUCUAAGAUGGCGUCUCGUGGCCAGAGCGCUUAUGCUAAGGCCGCGAAUGUGGUGGAGCAGACGAUUGGCUCCAUUAGGACGGUGGCGUCGUUUACUGGCGAAAAGCGGGCUGUGGCUCAGUACGAGAAGUCCCUGAUUGAGGCUUAUAGUUCAGGGGUGCAGGAAGGAUUGGCUACUGGAUUAGGCUUUGGGUCUGCUAUGUUCAUCAUAUUCUGCAGCUAUGCUCUGGCUGUUUGGUUUGGUGCAAAGAUGAUAUUGGAGAAAGGUUACACCGGUGGCGAGGUGCUCAACGUGAUCGUCGCAGUGCUGACUGGUUCAAUGUCUCUGGGGCAGGCGUCCCCGUGCAUGACUGCCUUUGCAGCGGGCCGAGCAGCGGCUUACAAGAUGUUCGAGACUAUUAACAGGAAGCCGGAGAUAGACGCGUAUGACAGCAGGGGGAAGAAGCUCCAAGACGUUCGCGGGGAUAUAGAGCUACGUGAUGUUUAUUUCAGCUACCCUGCACGGCCGGAUGAACAGAUAUUCCGAGGCUUCUCACUCUUCAUCCCUAGUGGGACGACGGCUGCUCUAGUUGGGCAGAGUGGGAGUGGAAAAUCGACAGUUGUGAGCUUGAUAGAGAGGUUCUACGACCCCCAAAGCGGCCAAGUGCUGAUCGAUGGAAUAAAUCUUAAGGAGCUCCAACUCAAGUGGAUUAGGUCGAAGAUCGGCCUUGUGAGCCAAGAACCGGUGCUAUUCACAGGUAGCAUCAUGGAUAACAUCGCGUAUGGGAAGGAGGGCGCGACUAAAGAGGAAAUCCGAGUGGCUGCAGAGCUAGCGAAUGCUGCUAAAUUCAUUGAUAAGUUGCCUCAGGGGCUGGAUAGCAUGGUUGGUGAGCACGGCACUCAGCUUUCCGGAGGCCAGAAGCAGAGAAUCGCCAUUGCUAGAGCGAUCCUAAAGGACCCGAGGAUUCUACUGUUAGAUGAGGCUACAAGUGCACUAGAUGCAGAGUCUGAGAGAGUCGUGCAAGAGGCGUUGGACCGGAUUAUGGUGAACAGAACCACAGUUAUCGUGGCCCAUCGCCUCAGCACGGUCAGGAAUGCUCAUAUGAUUGCAGUCAUUCAUCAAGGAAAGAUGGUUGAGAAAGGUACACAUGAUCAACUGCUGGAGGAUCCAGAAGGGGCGUAUUCUCAGCUGAUUCGCUUGCAAGAAUCCAACAAGGACUCGGACAACGUUGAUGACAACGAAAGAGAGGCGAGCAUGGGCUCUGGUCGACAGUCAAGCCGGAAGAUGUCAUUCAUCCGCUCCAUUAGCAGAGGAGGCUCCUCCGAGAUAGGGCACAGCAGUCGGCGUCAGUCAUUUGGUCCGCCUCCGGCAAUCAACCCCUCUUUGGAAGAAGGUGGUAGUUCCUCUGAGAAGCCACCCAACGUAUCCAUUCAUCGCCUUGCCUAUCUAAAUAAGCCCGAGGUACCGGUGCUGAUAUUGGGAACCAUAUCUGCAAUUAUUAAUGGUGCAGUGAUGCCUAUAUUUGGGAUCUUAAUAUCAAGUGUGAUCAAGACUUUCUUUGAGACGGCACCUAAGCUACGGAAGGACUCAAAGUUGUGGUCGUUGGUGUUCGUGGGGCUAGGGGUUGUUUCACUAGUGGCGUAUCCAGCCAGGACCUAUCUGUUUGGGGUGGCCGGGAACAAGCUGAUCAAGAGGAUUAGGCUCAUGUGCUUCGAGAAGGCGGUUAGGAUGGAGGUUUCUUGGUAUGAUGAGCCUGAGCACUCAAGUGGUAUGAUCGGAGCAAGGCUGUCAUCUGAUGCUGCUAGUGUCCGUGCUCUAGUAGGCGACGCGCUAGCCCAAAUGGUUCAAGACUUGUCCUCGGCUAUUGUGGGACUAGGCAUUGCUUUUCAAGCAAGUUGGCAGUUGGCACUAAUCAUACUUGCUAUGAUACCUCUCAUAGGACUCAGUGGAGUUGUGCAGAUCAAGUUCAUGAAGGGCUUCAGCGCAGAUGCGAAGGCCAUGUACGAAGAAGCCAGCCAGGUUGCAAAUGACGCAGUUGGAAGUAUACGCACCGUUGCUUCCUUCUGCGCAGAAGAAAAGGUGAUGGAAAUGUACAGAGUGAAGUGCGAGGGGCCAAUGAAGAAUGGGAUUAAACAAGGGGUUAUUAGUGGCAUCGGGUUUGGGUUGUCGUUCGCCUUGCUGUUUCUCGUCUAUGCCACGAGCUUCUACGCUGGAGCACGCCUUGUUCAGGAUGGCAAGAUCACAUUCUCUGAUGUGUUUCGUGUUUUCUUUGCUCUAACAAUGGCGGCUAUCGCGAUCUCCCAGUCGAGCUCGUUGGCUCCGGACUCAACCAAGGCCAAGGGCGCAGCUGCCUCAGUGUUUGCGAUUCUUGAUAGAGAGUCGAAGAUCGAUCCAAGCGAUGAAUCCGGUGAGAAGCUAGAGAAUAUGAAGGGAGAGAUAGAGCUGAGGCAUGUGAGUUUCAAAUAUCCAACAAGGCCAGAUGUUCAGAUCCUGCGUGACCUCUCCCUCACCAUACGUUGUGGCAAGACUGUCGCGUUGGUCGGGGAGAGCGGGAGCGGUAAAUCAACGGUCAUCUCGUUGUUGCAGAGAUUCUACGAUCCUGAUUCCGGCCAUAUAAGCAUCGACGGAGUUGAGAUACAAAAGUUCCAGCUCAAGUGGCUGAGGCAGCAGAUGGGGCUAGUGAGCCAAGAGCCUGUCUUGUUCAACGACACGAUCCGGGCCAACAUCGCCUACGGGAAGGGAGGCGAUGCAACAGAGGCAGAGAUCAUUGCUGCAGCGGAGCUAGCCAACGCCCACAAGUUCAUCAGCGGGCUGGCCAACGGGUACGACACGAUGGUGGGGGAGCGAGGGGUCCAGCUCUCCGGAGGGCAGAAGCAGCGCGUUGCCAUUGCGCGUGCCAUCAUCAAGGCUCCAAAGAUACUGCUGCUCGACGAGGCCACGAGCGCAUUGGACGCAGAGUCGGAGAGAGUGGUCCAGGAUGCGCUCGACCGGGUUAUGGUGAACCGGACCACAGUCGUCGUGGCACAUAGGCUGUCGACCAUCAAAGGAGCCAAUGUGAUCGCUGUGGUGAAGAAUGGGGUGAUAGUGGAGAAAGGAAAGCAUGAAACACUGAUCAACAUCAACGAUGGCUUCUACGCUUCAUUAGUUGCGCUUCAUACCUCAGCUGCUGAUGCUUCCUAACUCAUAAACAUCACCAACACCAAUUUUUCCCCUUUUUACUGUAUUCUCUUUUACAUUUUUAACACAAGUUUUCACUCUUGUAGUAAUCAUUUAACUUCCAUGUCA